ACGAAAUAGAUGUGGAGUCUACCACAUAUCGGAUAGUUCUGACACAACCCGAGGCCGUAGCAUUUUUGCCUACAUGAUCAUAUGGCAUCCGAUGGUGCGCAUGCUAUGCAAUAUCCGACGGUUGAUGUCGUCAAACCUUUCUCAUUUCCCUCAGUGUUACACACCCAACAACUCCCCAGAAAGUUUUAAAAGAGAUAAAGAUGCAUAACUGAAAAUAACUACCCAAAUUCAAGCCCCUCUCUCUCUCUCUCUCUCUCUCUCUCUCAUGUAGUGGUAACCGCUGGUCUCGGCCACUUUAAAACACCCACGACCCCAUUGUUAAACUUUUUUCGCCAAAUCUGCAUUUUCAUCCCAAAAGGGCAUUAUUGAAACCAUUGAGAUGACGAACCAAGAAAGAAACAUCAACACUGAAACCAACACCGCCGCCGCCUACCUUCAACUGUCUGUUUCCCCGACCCAAGAAAUCUUCCCCGGCAGCAUCAUCGGCGGCGGCGGCGAAAACUACUUCCGCCGUAACCCCGCCAAGCACCACCAAAAUCCCAAAAAGAAACGCACCAAAUUGAUCAGAAUUGAAAACCCAGAUGGGUUGAAUCCAAGUAUUAGUUCUUGUACUACUACUACUAGUGGUGUUGCAGUGAAGAAGCCGAAGUAUGGAGGGAAAAAGCCAGACCCGAGUGCACCGAAGAUUACGCGGCCGUGCAGCGAGUGUGGAAAGAAGUUCUGGUCAUGGAAGGCACUUUUCGGCCACAUGCGGUGCCACCCAGAACGCCAGUGGCGUGGAAUUAACCCUCCGCCGGAUUUCAGGCGGCCGGAGAAUGAUGGCGUCAUGGUUGGAACCGAGUGGACAGAGGAGGAUCAUGAGGUUGCUGCCUGUUUGUUGAUGUUGGCUAGUUCCCCUAGUGCUUUCGAGAAAAAGGGCCUUAGUCUCGUUACCAUUAGUGGUACUAAUCAUGGGAAGUUGGAAAGUGAUGAUGUGGUGGUUAGGGAUGUGGCAGCCACCGGCGGCGGCAGCGGUGGCAAUGGUGAUUGUGGGUUUGAGUGUUCGAGUUGUAAGAAAGUGUUUGGGUCCCAUCAGGCAUUGGGAGGGCACAGGGCUACCCACAAGAAUGUCAAGGGUUGUUUCGCGAUAAUGAGGAGCGAUUGCGAAGAAGUAGUGAUAGAAGAUCGCAACAACGUUGACGCCCAAAAUGUGGAUUUUAGUGGGAGUGGAGAGUUAGGGGAGGGCAUGGUUUCAGGAGGGCACAAGUGCGGCAUUUGUUCAAGGGUUUUCGCGACCGGUCAAGCCCUGGGAGGGCACAAGAGGUGCCAUUGGGAGAAAGGAGACGAUGAUCAUGAACCCUCUUCAUUGUCACUUGUAACACAAGGUGGUUUUAACUGCAACCCUUCUGGUGGAUCAAGGCAAAGUUGUGUUUUGGACUUGAAUUUGCCUGCUCCUGUUGAAAACGAUUUGUCGUCGUCCUUGUUGUCUUAUUCUUCUUCUGGGCUGGCUUUGGAUUUAAGGUUGGGACUGUAAGGAAAUUUAUGUUAGGUAGGACUUUAUUUGUGUUGUUCCUUGUUUGGUACUACAUUGUAAUGCUUUUGUAUGUUAGCUCCAUGAACUGGGAGAAAGCAGCAUUUGUAAUUCUUGGAAAUACUUUAGGAAACUGUACUGCUCUGUACUAAAUACUUCUCCAUACUAGUAAUAAAUAGGUAAGGUGGUAUAUUUAGUGAAUAUUU